AUGUUUUCGGAUCUAAAAAAAUAUUUAGUACUCUUUACUUUAAUGUUAUUUGUUGCUAGUGACAAUAUCGUUAGGGUUAAACGCAAUGACAUUGAUCUGCCGACAUGCAUUGAGAAAUUCAAUGUACAUAGAGAUAAAAUUAUUAGAACGCAGGAUUCCCAAAACAUGGGGGCGAAAUAUUUAAACGAAUUAGACUUGGGAUCUAGGGAGGAAUGUUUGCAUCUGUGCUGUGAGACUGAGAAUUGUGAUGUUUUUGUUUUUGAAGAAAAGAACUCCGGUAGUUGCUACUUGUUCCAGUGUGGUCCGCCAGAAGACUUUAAGUGCAAAUUUACCCAUCACGUGAAUUACUCGAGCGCUAUAUUGUCUAUAAAUAGACACUUGCCCGAUUUAGAAAGCCAAAUAAAGCUUACGAAGCACGAACAAGAUUUGAACAAACUAAGGAAAACCGAUAUUGAAUCAGAAGCUCCAGUGCAUCUAGUACCGGAUGUUCGAACAACACCUUCAACCACAACAACGAUUUCGCCUAUCAGGGAGAUAAUUCCCAUUACCAAGAAUUCCAAAGUUGCCGAGGAAGAUCCAAAAUGUACUCGUUUUCAAUUUGAAUGUCGUUCGACCCGAGAGUGUAUCGCUAUUUAUAAUGCCUGUGAUGGAAUCCCCCAAUGCGCCGAUGGAAGUGACGAAGGUCCAGAAUUAGGAUGCCCGGAAUCUUCCAUAACAACAGCUACAGCUCUUCCUGUUGUACAUGUCAAUAAUGUGCCUAUACAACCUCUACUUCAAGUCAGAUAUGACGCUAAUAUUCAACAACCGCAGCUUCCCAUCCCCCAACCAAACAUGUACUUACAACAACCCCAACCUCCUCGUGACCAGCCCCAAAUCCUAACACCAUCCAUCCAGCGCAAUCCCGAAACAGCUGAUUACAUGCAUUCAAGCGGAAGCAUGAACGUCAACCCCAGAUUGCAGUACGAAUCCCCCCUUCAACCGUACGUGCCACAAUUACCGGCCAUGCAAGGACAACCCAAUUGGAUCGGACAUCAAUCAAAUCAGAUGCCUCCACAGAUUCCUCAGUAUGCUGAUAAAGCCAGUCGCAUAUUCAAUCAUAAGGAGAGCGGUUUUCAAGUGCCUGAUGGACAAGAGAUCAGGUAUAAUAAAUAUAAAGGGGCUAUGCAGUAUCUGCAUCGCGCCCUUGGAUAUUCAAGCGCUAGUAAUACCGCAGGUCAAGCUUCUGCAGCCUAUCCAAAAGUCGGAAAUUACUACCCGGAAAACAGUUACAGACAACCGAUUCAACAAGAAAAUUGGCCCUCAGAUGAUGGUAUUUAUGAACAACGUAAUGCACAGGAGAAUAUCCAAAAUAGAGAACAAAAAAUAGACUACAAACCUAAUUUAGGAAGGCAGCAAAUAUCAAACACUGUAAGGAAUGAUGAAGGAAUGAAUCCUAAGCACGUUCAGGAACAACUAGCCCACGACCUGAAACAUUCUAAAGAAAACAUGGAACAUGCGAAAAUUGAUACCAGCAAAGUGAAGAUAACGAAGCAUUUACAUCACGAAGAAGAGCAGUACCCGGACGUGGUAGCUUACAAAUUAAGUGGAGCUGACGAUCUAGAGGACGGAAUUGCGCAUACGCAGAAAGGAGCAGUUCUAUCUGUAUCGCUUGGCUUAAUAAUAACUUUUAUCAUGGCCGUCUUAAUUGGAUGCAGAUUGAAGGUAGUGCGAAGAAGAAUAAGAAAAGGUGGUAAAGCAUACGCCCACGACGCUGACUUCUUGGUUAAUGGAAUGUAUUUGUAA